AUGGAGUGGAUGGACUGGUGGAUCAUGCGGCAUUGGGCAGUUUUCAGGGCAUCCAAUGCACUUGUGCAUUUCCUGCAGGAAUUUCUCCGUGCUCAUCUGGCAUUGGUGGACAUAAUCCAGGAUGAACCUGAUGGCCCUGAUAGCUUCUGUGCUGCAAUUGACGCUGAUGCCUCUGACAAAUACUCCGUCUCUGGGGGCAGUUUGGAAGUUGCCAUAGAAUUCUUGCACAAUCUGGGUCCUAGGCUUGACAGGUGGGUUGGAGAAGGUCUCCCAUCCAUGGCGCUUGAUAUAGGUGAAAGAUGCGCCGUCUUCAGCGAUUCCUCUUUCUGUAAUAAAUUUCCGGCGUAUGUGCUUCAAAAAGAAAUCCCAGCCCUUCUUUCUUGGAAACAACCUCGGCUCCCACUCAUCGGUGAUGGCAUUGAGGGUUGUUCUUGCAAAGCCCUUGGUGGUUGUGGAGGCGGAGGCAGAGUAGGUUCUCUGGCAGGGGAUGGUGGUGAAGUGGGCAUUCUUUGCCUUUCAGGAGAAGGCGAGGAUGAGGAGGAUGAUAUUCUUCUUCUUGUGUUGGAGGUGUUUUUGCGGGCAUCAACCUUCCUUCUUGCCGGCGGCAUCUUGUACAAACCCUAG